CGUCAACGGCGGCUAGCAGUGCAGAGAGUCCGUCUGAGGGGACAGCGGUCCCCGAUGAGAGGCGACGGACGCGGUCGAGACUGCGGCCGCAAGCGAAUUGCCCCGAGACCCCGCGGUGCUCGUGGGAACGAGCUUCCGCCGCCGCUCGCCGCUGUAACACGGUUAGCUUAGCGGUGGCCUCUCUGCCCUCCCUGCCUCACCUAAUGUCAGACCCGGGUGGACACGCACCCUAACCCGCAGAGAGCUGUCAGCAGCACGUCGGACCCGCGGGACCCCUUGUGUUUGCACGAAACGGCGCUUCUUCGCGUUAAAGACGAGCGGCGUCACACGUAACGGCCAUCACUUGACACAGGUGUCGGAACUGUGCGAUGGCGGCUAGCGUUAGCUAGCUGCACCAGAGCCAUUUAUCAUACAGCUUUAACCAGCGCGAGGUGUGAAAGAGAAACUUAACAACGGGCCGUUGUGUCUGAAGUAGAGUCGUUGGUUAUCUUAAAUACAGACCACGUGUGUAACGUGAGUUAGUCCCCAUUGUUUGACCCAAAGGGAUGGAGCCAGUCACACUGAACAGCGUCACCCGAUGGGAAGUUGAAGGAACUGAUUGAUUCGGGACCUGAAGGUGUUUAAACCACCACGUUACUUCAGGCUCAACCCGCCACAGUUCUUGCUAGUGAGUAAAAGACGUGACAUACACAGGAUUGUUCAACAGCUCGUCCUCAUCCGCUGUGUUUUGUUACAUUUCGCUGCAUCACUGCCUUCACGAUGGCUCCACUGUUUGUGUUGGUUGAGACCGUUACAGAGACAUUGAGCCAGCUCCAUUUAGAGUGGUUGCAUUUAGUCCACACCAUUGUGAAACACCAGCGUUUCAUUCAUGAAAUCACAGAGCGAAGAGACUAGACCACAGUUCAUCUUCAAUCGGUGUUUUUUGUAUUGUUUUUUGUCCCUCCUCGGCUACAGCAGUCAAAGCGGCUGACACAGCAGGUCUCCAAAAUGAGGAACUAUUAGAGAGAGAGAGAGAGCGAGAGAGAGUGCACUUGUAUUGCUCUGAAGCAGGAUCACACGCUGUACUUACAGGAAGUGUGUGUCGUGUGUGGUGUGUGGGUCAUGGUUGCAGGCAAAGUGUUUCUGAUUGGAAGGUUUUGCAAAGACACUAAUCUAGUGGGUCAAUAGAUUAAUCAAAUUGCCAGUAGUAAAGGUAAUGAUACAGUGUUGUCACUGUUAUCUGUAGGUAGUCGGACUUUGUUUGUUCAGGCGUCGCUAAAGUUUUUCUUUUAUCAAGUCAGAUUCGCUCCAUUCAUCCAGUUGAGUUUGGCUCGUUCACUGCAACACAUCCCGACGCUCCAAAAGCAAAGAACCCGAGAGAGUGACUGACACUAAAGCCAAUAGAGCCUCACCCAGCCCUCACUCUCCAUCACUGGGACUGGGGAACCACCAUGCCGUCCAGCAAGCCGCCGGGCCCAGCCAUGUGGCCAUCAACGCCAUCUCUGCCAACAUGGACUCCUUUGCCCGCGGUCGCACGGCCAUCCUCAAGAAACAGCCGAGCCACAUGGAGGCUGCGCACUUUGGAGAUCUUGGUCACUCCAGCGUGAACUAUCACCCCCAAGAUGACCGCUCUCGGCUGUCCAAGACGGUGGAGCAUGUCCUCCGGGACAACGUGGCGAUACCCCACUACAUGCAUUUCAUGGAACACCAGGGCGCCGACCACCUGGUUCGGUUCUGGCUGGAGGCGGAGAGCUUCCGCUCCGCCAGCUGGUUGCGGGUCCGAGCGCACAGCCUGAACUCUGUCAAACACAGCUCUUUGGCCGAGCCCGUCCCCGCCUCACCCGGCGGCUCAGAGCCGCCGGAGCUGGCCCUGCGCACACUCAAUGCUCUCACUCGGGACAGUAGCAGUGAGCGCCCGGCGGUGCACCCGGAGCGGCGGGACUCCUCCGCCGGCGAGGCGGGCCUGAGACCCGGCACUCCUCGAGCAGAAACCCCCACCAAGCAGGCACACUCCAGGACAGGGACCCCCUUCAAGGUGCAGUCAAUCAGCACCCUGCAAGACCUCUCUGUCCAGCUCAUGAAAAGUAUAGAGAAAGAUGCAGUUACAAUCUUCACCAAAUACAUCUCUCCGGACGCUGUGAGGCCCAUCCCCAUCCCCAAUGAACAGAUGAGAAACGACAUCGUUGCUAAGAUAUGUGGCGAGGAUGGCAUGGUGGACCCAAACUGCUUUGUCAUUGCACAGUCGGUAGUCUUCGCCAUCUUGGAGCAACAGCACUUUAGCGAGUUCCUGCGGAGCCACCAUUUCUGUAAAUACCAGAUCGAAGUGUUGACCAGCGGCUCGGUGUUCCUGGCUGACAUCUUGUUCUGUGAGUCGGCGCUCUUCUACUUCUCUGAGUACAUGGAGAAGGAGGAGGCGAUGAAUGUGCUGCAGUUCUGGCUGGCGGCGGACAACUUCCAGAAUCAGCUGGCAGCUAAAAAGGGCCAGUAUGACGGCCAGGAGGCUCAAAACGAUGCCAUGAUCCUCUACGACAAGUAUUUCUCACUCCAGGCCACCAACCCUCUGGGCUUCGGCGACUCUGUGCGGAUGGAGAUAGAGUCGAAUAUCUGCCGGGAGGGGGGGCCGCUCCCCGACUGUUUCACCACUCCACUCAGACAGGCCUGGACCACCAUGGAGAAGGUCUACAUGCCGGGCUUCCUGUCGAGCAACCUUUACUACAAAUACCUGAGUGACCUCAUCAACUCGGUGCGGGCAGACGAGUUUGUGAAUGUCAGCGCUGCAGGUCCGGGCGGGCCCGCGGACGCCGAGCGCUCCAGUUCAAAUGCCGGCGAGGGCUCUCAGACUCAGCAAAAUGCCAAAAGGGCAGCGAUCAAGAUCCUGAAGAACUUUGACGAGGCCAUCACGGUGGACGUGGCCAGCCUGGACCCUGAGUCCUUGUACCAGCGGCCCUACGCUGGAAGGAUGACGUUUGGGAAGGUGAAUGAGAUGGGCCAGUUCAUCAGGGAGGCCGAGCCAGAGCCGGACGUGAAGAAAUCCAAAGGUUCCAUGUUUUCUCAAGCCAUGAAGAAAUGGGUCCAAGGCAACUCCGACGAGGCCCAGGAGGAGAUGGCGUGGCAGAUUGCCAAGAUGAUCGUCAACGACGUCGUCCACCAGUCGAAUCACGACAGCCCCGGCAAGGCCACCAAGUUAUGACCCCACUGAGGAACCAGAGGAGCGUCGCUCCACCGCCGGCGCCGGCCAAGCCAGUGACGACCUGUACGCAGGGUUCACCCGACGAUGAACCGCAUCACUCCGAGAACAAACGAGGCGUUUUAUCACCUCCCUCUUCCCCCAAACCGCCCCCCCCCCCCCCCCCCCCCCCC